ACAUUACUGAUUCUUCUUCUCAGUAUGUACUUUUUCUGGCACCCUGCCGCCGAGCGAGUUUUGCCGCACACCUUUUUUUAUACCUAAGAAAUACCUGUAAUGGUUUCUGAUGCAUAAAUGAUGACCGUAAACCCCCUAUGCGGCAAGAAAGUGCCAUAAUGUGAUAUAUUUGCAACAUAGCAUAUCCAUUUCCUGCUAAAAGGAAAAAAAGAUUGAUAGGCCUAACAGUUCACUAUCACAAAAGGAAAAGGCAAUCAUCUCGAUGCAUAAUAUAAGAUCAUCGCAAGUUUAGUGGUGAGACAUGCUCAUGCAAGUGCGGUAUAUUCCACAUAAACAGAGUAGCAACAGUUAGAUAUGUUGUAUGGUUAAUGUUGUAAUGAAUGGCCAGUCCGCACUCCGCAUGCUGGACGACUCGCAUCUCCGCGAACUGCGUACGUGCGGAACCCAACUGUUGCCUGCACGUCAUUUCUACUUCGUUUUCUUGCCUACUAAUCGAAAAAGCACUGCAUUAUCGUUUGAUUGGAUAGUUAUUGGUGGACUAGAACUGGGUGCAAAAAUGAAUAAAAUCCCAAUAUUUCAUUUGUACAUUGCAAAGUGAAAGUAAAUGUAAUGAGAAUUUAGAAGUGUGUCAACAUCCAUCUAUGGUACACAAUCAUGUGUUUGUUUGUUCAAAGUCGAAUUUGUUGAGAAAUCUGGAUAAUUACACCCAGCUCGUGAAACGCGCAUAUUCCUCACUCAAGAAUUAGAAACAUGGCGAGUGGAGAGUAUAACAGAGAAAGAUUUAAUCAAAGGCUCUUGUUUGGCGAUUAGUGUCCUAAGCCUCGCCGACCUUUUUCCCAAUGUUCCAAUACGUCGAGGCUGUGCGAGGGACGACGCUGGAAAAACACUCAUUCCCUCUCCCAUGCCUUCCAAAUGUAAACUUGCAAUGAAAAACGCAAAAUACUCUACUCAUAUGGCGGUAUUUUUCCGUGGUGCAACUCACAAAUCGCUCCGCAUCAGCCUCGAGGCACAGGUUUUUAGAUGACUUAGAAGCAGUGGAUUAUAUCUCGUAAAAACACACGCCAUAUUGGAUUUCCCUAACAGAUUGGGAUGUCUGGACGAAAUACGCCUUCCCACAGCAGCUAUCUCGGGUAGUUAUGCCGUGGCUCAUUAAAAUACUGAAAUUUACUAAUUACUCCUCGCAUAACAGUGCCCAAUAAGUAUCCUACAUGAUUGCCAAUUUGAGUAGGAUAUUUGGAACUCAAUGUUUAUGGUUUUUGGCAGUUCUGACAAACAGAAAAAAUCUUUGUGAGAGUUAAAAGUGAUAAGGCCUCAAUGAGAGGCCUGAAGAGUUGUUCUGUGAGUAGAACAUGGACAUGACAAGGACCCGACUAGCUGGACAAAUGUAAUGAUUACCUGUUACAUAUGCCAGGCCUGACAGGGUAUCAGUUGAGAAGGGCCAAAAGAGUGGGUGAAGGGGCUUGGAGAACCAAGAAGAGGUAUCGUAAAGAAGGAAACAUCACGUGUGGCAGGUUGUACCUUGCCAGCUGUGCAAUGGCCGCUGGCACUGGAGUGACCCGUCUCUCCCGUAUUAUGAUGUGGUUACUUACCCUGGCUGGUGUCCCUGUCAUCUCACCACUAAUAGCAGAGGGAGUAAUACGACCUGAAGAUGUUCCCGUACAGACUACCCACUGUCAACAUUACAACCAUACCUUGUGUGACAAGGAUGGUUUUCAAGGUUGCUCAGGGAUAGAAACCUGCCCAAAAUGGCAAGAGCCUGAUAAGAAAAAUCAUUGUUUUGUCCUGUGGACAAACAGCUCAGAGGGAAGGGUGGAGAUUACAUUCAAAGGCUGUUGGUCAAAUGAUCAGAGCUGCACGGAUGAGUGUGUCAGCAAACAGGCUGUAAGCAGCUUAAAAGGAGAGAAGAACCACAUAUUUUGCUGUUGUAAUGGUAAUAGGUGUAAUCAGAACUUUUCUUGGGAACCUGCAGAGGAUGUCUCCACCACAAAACCUCCCUCAGUUGAAGUGGAUAAUAAAGAUGCAAUGGUUCAGACGGUGCUGUGGACGCUGGGCACACUCGUCACUCUUGUCGUCAUUGUUGCAUUGCUUUUCUACCUCUACCGGCGACGGAAGAUGGCCAACUUUUUGGAAAUUCCAACCGUUGAGUCAACUGCACUAGCUCCCCCUUCCCCACCCAUGGGUCUGAGACCUAUACAGCUGCGGGAGAUCAAAGCACGUGGAAGAUUUGGCGCAGUGUGGAAGGCACAACUUCAUUCAGAUAUUGUUGCUGUGAAAAUCUUUCCAGUACAGGAUAAGCAGUCAUGGCAGGUUGAGAAAGAAGUGUAUUCACUCCCCCAAAUGUCCCAUGAAAACAUUUUGCAAUUCAUAGGAGCUGAAAAGCGUGGGGACAACCUUCAGGCAGAGUAUUGGUUGAUCACAGCAUACCAUGAUCGAGGAUCUCUGUGUGACUAUCUGAAGGCAAACCUGGUAACCUGGGCUGAACUCUGCAAAAUUGGAGAGUCUAUGGCAAGGGGCCUCAUGUAUGUACAUGAAGAGCAGCAGGCCACCAAGUGUGAAGCGCUGAAACCUUCUAUUGCCCAUCGAGACUUCAAGAGUAAAAAUGUACUUCUGAAGAAUGACCUCUCAGCUUGCAUUGCUGACUUUGGCCUGGCGCUGGUCUUCCACCCUGGACAGCCAACUGGGGAUACUCAUGGACAAGUUGGAACAAGAAGGUACAUGGCGCCAGAAGUACUGGAAGGAGCAAUAAACUUCCAGCGUGAUGCCUUUCUACGUAUCGACAUGUAUGCUUGUGGUUUAGUGCUUUGGGAGAUUCUCUCAAGGUGCUCAAACCAAGAGGGUCCUGUGCCAGAGUACCAUUUGCCAUUUGAAGAAGAGGUUGGGCAGCACCCCACCUUAGAUGACAUGCAGGAGUGUGUUGUUGCUCAGAAGGCACGUCCUGCAAUUCGUGAUUGUUGGCGAAAGAAUCCGGGCAUGAUGGCCUUAGUUGAUACCAUGGAGGAGUGCUGGGAUCAUGAUGCAGAGGCUCGUCUCUCGGCUUCUUGUGUUGUAGAGAGACUUGCUGUGUAUACCCGAAACCAGCACUUUUCCCCUACCUCAAAUCCACACAAGGAGUCAAGCAUAUAAGGCCAUUAUGUGGUGGCCACGUACCUGGACAAGUACCUGUGCUGUAACCGCCUAUUCUGGGUCCUGGUGCGGGACAGACCCCAGCCACCGCGUCCCACAGGCACCAGCUGUGUUGGGGGCCGAGUGUAUCAUGUAACUGCCUCAGUCCCCCCUCUCCCCCUUUUCCCAACUUUUAAUCUGUACACCACAGCCAUUAACUACAGUUGCAGCUUCUCUUGACUAAGCAAAGUCUAGCCAGUCUAAGAAGAUUGGUCUUUGGGGACUUAUCCUAGAGAAUGUACUCAUCCUUUGUGAGUACAUCAAGCUUGGUACUGGCGGGUGAGAGGCUGUGUGAGUCAGAUAUGUCUUCCUGUAACUGAUUAGUGCAAUAGUUUGAUAUCCUUGGCGGUGCUUCAGAUGCAUUUCCCCCCCUUCCCGUAUGAAAGAACUGACAUAAAAUAAAAAUGAAUUUUUCAAAGUCCAGUGUGUCCAACCAUCUCUUUUGUUUGGCUGGUUUGGUGUUGGGUGAGGGGGGAGACUGAGUGUGGUGCCAAAGGGGUCAACAGGGAAGUGCUCGGACUGCUAAGAAAGGCCACCUGAAAGGAAGGUAACUCAUGAGAACUUUCUCCCUGGCUGUUACAAUAUUCUCUGGGGCACUCGUCAUCAUCAUCAUCAAACAUCCUCGUGACUCGAAGCAUUUUUAUUGUCUUAAUGUUAUAUUAUUCCAAACCAAGAGUUACAUGCAAGCAUCUACAUGUGAAAAAGAAGAAAAGAAGAAUAGGCAUCUACAAGACGGUAAUGGCAAGAUUUGGAGUUAGGUUUACUGAAAAAUUACUUUAAGUUAUGUAGAAAUGAAACUUAAAAAAAAGGAAAAAAGAAUAAAAAGAAAAUAUUGCUCUAUUGAACAAUAGGAAACCAGAGUAUGGAGCUGAAUAGCAGCUAACUUCUCAGGAAAAUGGAUGGAAUUCCAGUGUGUGUCGAAUGACCUUUUAGAAAAUGUUAUUGCUGUUUGCAUUCAACUUGCUGAAUUGAAGGAAACAAAUUAUUCUUAACGGAUUGGCAGUAGCUGCCCACCUUGGGAAUGUUUGACCUCAGGAAUGCCCUUCCAAGAGUCCCUACUGCCAGAGUUAGUUCCUUGAGUUGAGUACCGACAAGGUGGGGUUUAUUGUACUAUGUAAGUACUUCUUGGGAAUGCUCCCAGUUUUAUGGUUCUGCAUUUUCUUAAUCUGAAUGUGUCUAGUUCUGUGCAUUGAAACUGUGGAGUGGAUGCUGUGUUAUGAUAGUAAUAUUUACAGUUUGUUGGCAUAUGUUCUUUAAAAAACAAAAAAAUAAAAAAUAAAAAAAAAUCAUAAAAAUCAUAAAAAAAUAAGACUUGGUUUUUAGAGCUAAGAUCAGCAUACUUUGCAUCCAGCCAUUCAAUUUUGCAGCUCAUAGUGCAGCUUCAAGCUCAACUCAGUAACUCAGGCAUAAAAAUUAUGGUUGUGCCCUCCUGGCAAGUGUUUGAGUGUGUGGAAAAAGGGUUUGGGUUUGUCAGUCAACCAAUAAGGACACAUUUUGGGCAUCCAUUUUUGGAAAUGCAAAAACAAGAUAAGUAAAAGCUAUAUUGGCCCAAGAGCCUAUGAAUAAUGCCAUUCAAACACAGAGAAAAUGAUUGAAAAAAUGAAAAGAUGCUAAAAAGUAUUUGUGAUUCGUGAACGCAUGUAAGAAAUAGUUUCAGAAUCAUUUGAGGAAAGAUGAGGGAAUAGAAUUCAAGAAUGUGUCCAGUAUUUUUUAGAGGGUAGGCUUUGGAAAUAUCAAGUGAUUACCUUCUAAGCUGGUACAAAAGUCUGACGACCCUGCCCAGUAAAAUCAGUUCUCUAAGGCCAGCAGAGGGCCACGAUUGGGCUGCCUCUUUACCGUCAGCUCAGGAUACCCUUCAGUGACCACCCUGUUACCACUUUGCCCCCACACACAUACAUACCCUCAUACUGUAAAUAUUUGCGCCUUGUUUGUAGCAUUACAGAAGUUGUCGCCAGCAAAACGGAACUAGUGAUUAUUUUAAUGUGGUUUAUUUGUGAAACCAAUGGUGCUUUUUUUCUUCUAUCUCCAAGA